CAAAUAAUUUGACAUUUGUUAUCAGUAAAAGUCAAGUAUUUCUCUAAAUUCUUGUACAAAUGAAAAUAAAAACAAUUUAAAAAUUAUUUAAAGUUUAAUUUAUUACAAUAUCCUACAAUGAAUAGAAUCUCCAGUUUAAUUCAUACAGGAAAAUCACAUCUACCAUAUUUGUUAACAAACUCUUCCACUGCUCGCCAUCUAACAACUUCUAUCCAACUACAAUGCGAAGAACGUAAAGCCAAAGAAGCAGCAGCAUCCAAAGGUCAAUCCCGAGGGGAACCAACAAUAUUUGAUAAAAUAAUUUCUAAAGAAAUACCUGCUAAGGUAUUUUAUGAAGAUGACAAGUGCCUAGCUUUUCACGAUGUUGCUCCACAAGCUCCAGUUCAUUUUUUAGUCAUCCCCAAAUACAGAAUACCAAUGCUAGAAAGUAGCACAGAAGAAGACACCAACAUGCUUGGCCAUUUGAUGAGAGUUGCUGGACAAUUGGGGAAAGAAAGUGCUCCUCAAGGAUUUCGUUUGGUUGUAAAUAAUGGUGAACAUGGUUGUCAGAGUGUUUAUCAUUUGCAUUUGCAUGUUUUGGGUGGAAGACAAUUGAAAUGGCCACCAGGAUAGAUUUAUAAGAAAAAAAAGACCUGAUUCAUGUUAGCAAGAUUCAUUGAAAAUGAAAUAUAUAUAUUUUUUAGUAGUU